AUGUCUAACAUUCCACCAUUAAGGCUUCAUUGUGUCCCAACCCUGAUCAUUAAUGCCCCAAGACAUGAGCCACAAAAUUCCCAGUCCGAAGGAGCCCACUCCACUUCUCGCCUCCCGAGCUCUCCCUGGGAAUGCUCCGGGCAUCGAUCUGAGGCACCCAGCAAAGAUGCUCCAAUCCCGAGACCACCCGAGCGGCGGCCGCCGAGGGGGCCCCGGCCCCAGCUUCUCGUCACUCUGCUCCUCUGGGCGCUACUGGCCAACCCUGUUUCUGGAGCUUCCUUCUUUGGAGAGAACCACCUGGAGGUGCCCCUCAAUGAAGUCCUGAAUGAGAUUCACGUGAAGCUCCAGUUCUUUACAGCCCAGGCAGAUGCCCUUCUCCUCCUGUUAGCCGGACCAACCGACCACCUCCUGGUGGAACUGCGCGCUGGCAGACUGCAGGUCCGCCUGGUGCAGAGAAAUGAAGAGACCCUUCUGCAGUCCCCCGAGGAGAUGCCGCUCGGCGACUUGGGGACGCACGAUGUGGCGGUGACGGUGGCCGAUGGCCAGGUCUCCCUAACCGUCGAUGACCUCUUCAACUCCUCCAGCACCGCCGCCCAGGCUCCCCUCGAGGCCUCCUAUGGCAUUUUUGUGGGGGGCGCCGGGAGUCUGCACCUGUCCUACCUCUCUGGGGCCAGCCGCCCCCUUCGAGGCUGCCUCCAGGAGGCCUCCCUCAAUGGCCUCGACCUCCUGGCCCGGCUGAGCGAAGGAGUGAGGAGCGGCUGCGCCGCCGAGUUCUCGGCCGGGGAAGACGAGGCCCUGGGCUUCACGGGGCCCCGGGCCCUGGCCGCCUUCCCCACCUGGAGCACCCGAGACGAGGGCACCCUGGAGUUCACGCUGACCACACGGGUCAGGCGCGCGCCGCUGGCGUACCAGGCGGGAGGUCCGCAGGGCGACUUCAUCUACCUGGAGAUCUUUGACGGACACCUGCGGGCCAUAGUGGAGAAGGGCCACGGGGCCGUCAUGCUGCACAACAGCGUCUCGGUGAGCGACGGGCAGCCCCACGAGGUCAGCGUCCACGUGGAUGUGCACAUGCUGGAGAUCUCUGUGGACCAGUACCCCACCCGCACCUCCAACCGCGGUGUCCACAGCUACCUGGAGCCUCGAGGCAGCUUGCUCCUCGGCGGUCUGGAUGAAGAGUCCUCCCAGCGUCUGCGCGAGCACAGACUGGGCCUGGCGUCCGCCGUGGCCAACGCGUCCCUGGUGGGCUGCCUGGAGGACCUGAUCAUCAAUGGGGAGAGGCAGGGACUGCAGGGGGCACUGGUUACCCGGGACCUGACCGCGGGUUGCGGGCUCCCCGAGGAGGAGUACGAGGAUGACGCCUACGAGGUGUACGAAGUGCCGUCCACCUUGGUGCCCGAAGGCUGGCCGCUACUGGAGAUGCCCGAGCCCUGUGCCCUGGAGCCGGGGCUCCCGGCCGUCUUUGCCAACUUCACCAAGCUGCUGACCCUAAGCCCCUUGGUGGUGGCGGAGGGGGGCACCGCCUGGCUAGAAUGGAGGCACGUCCAGCCCACCCUGGACCUAAGCGAGGCGGGCAUCCGGCAGUCACAGGUCCUGUUCGGCCUGACUCGCGAAGCCCAACAUGGGGAGCUGGACUUCAGCAGCAUCCCUGGGGCUCAGUCCCGGAAGAAGUUCACCCUCCUGGAUGUGGUCAAUCGGAAGAUCCGGUUCAUCCACGAUGGCUCCGAGUACCCUGAGGACCAGCUGGUCCUGGAGGUCUCGGUGAUGACCCAGAGCACCGUGCCCCAGUGCCUGCGCCAGGGCCAGACCUACAUCCUGCCCAUCCGGGUGAACCCCUUGAAUGACCCUCCCCGGGUGGUCUUCCCUCACGGGAACCUGAUGGUGAUCCUGGAGCACACCCAGAAGGCCCUGGGGCCCGAGAUCUUCCAAGCCUACGACCCGGACACCGAGUGUGAGAGCCUCACCUUCCAGCUCAUCGGGAGCCAGCACCUGGAAGGCGGCACCGUGGAGCGGGAGGGCCAGCCGGGGGAGCGGGUGGCCGAGUUCUCCUGCCCGGAGCUGGAGGCGGGCGCCCUGUCCUACAUCCACCGGGGGGGCCCUGCCCAGGACCUGCUGUUCCGAGUCACCGACGGCCUGGACACGAGCCCCGUGGCUGUGCUGCGCGUGGUGGCCAUCCAGCCCGCCCUCCAGACCCUCAACAUCACCGGGCUGUUCGUGCCUCAGGGCUCCUGGGCCGCCAUCUCCACGGCCAACCUGUCGGCGGAGACCAACGCCGUGAACCAGGAGGUGGCCAUCGUGUACCGGCUGGCCGGGAGUCUGCUCUACGGGGAGCUCCAGAAGGCGGGCGGAGCCCCCGGCGGCGACUGGAGGGCUGUGGACGCCUUCUCGCAGAGGGACGUGGACCAGGGGCAGGUGCGCUACCUGAGCACGGACCCCCAGCACCACACCCAGGACCCCACGGAGAAGGUGGCGCUGCAGGUGCAGGUGGGGCAGAAGAUCCUGGCCAACACCACCUUCCCGGUCACCAUCCAGAAGGCGACCAUCCGCAUGCUGAGGCUCGCGCCCCUGCUGGCCCACCACGCUCGGCAGGAGGUGCUCAGCACCGAGCAGCUGGAGGCCGCUGUGGAGGACGAGCCGGGCCCCGGCCCUGCCUCCUUCCACUACGAGAUCGUGCAGGCCCCCAGGAAGGGCAACCUGCGCCUGCGCAGCCUGCGGCUGACCGAGAAGCAGGGCUUCACCCAGAAGGACCUCCAGGAGGGCCACGUGAACUACCGCGCCACGGCGCGGGCCUCCGAGGAGGCCCAAGACUCCUUCCUCUUCCGCGUCACGGCACCCCCCCACUUCUCCCCGCUGUACACCUUCCCCAUCCGCAUCGGCGGCGACCCCGACGCCCCCCUGCUCACCAACGUGCUCCUCUCGGUGCCCGAGGGCGGCCAAGCCACCAUCUCCCGGGACCACCUCUUUGUCAAGAGCCUCAACAGCGCCAGCUACCUCUACGAGGUCAUCGAGCAGCCUCGCCACGGCAGCCUGGUGUGGCAGGGCUCCGGCCCCGGGGCCGCGCCCGUGGCGACCUUCACCAACGACGACCUCCUCCUGGGCCGGCUGCUCUACCGGCACGACAACUCGGAGACCACGGAGGACGACAUCCCCUUCGUGGCCGUGCGCCAAGGCGAGGGCAGCGGGGGCAUGGCCUGGGAGGAGGUGCGCGGGGUCUUCCGCGUGGCCAUCCAGCCCGUGAACGACCACGCCCCGGUCCAGACCGUCAGCCGUGUCUUCCACGUGGCCCGAGGCGGGCGGCGGCUGCUGACCACGGAGGACGUGGCCUUCGCCGACGCCGACUCGGGCUUCACCGACGCCCAGCUGGUGCUGACCCGGAAGGACCUGCUCUUCGGCAGCAUCGUGGCCGCCGACGACCCCAGCCGGCCCAUCUACCGCUUCACCCAGGAAGACCUGAGGAAGAAGAGGGUCCUGUUCGUGCACUCGGGAGCCGACCGGGGCUGGAUCCAGCUGCAGGUGUCGGACGGCCAGCACCAGUCCACGGCGCUGCUCGAGGUCCAGGCCUCCGAGCCUUACCUCCGGAUCACCAACAACUCCGGGCUGGCCGUGCCCCAGGGAGGCCAGGGCACCAUCGACACGUCCGUGCUGGGCCUGGACACCAACGUGGACAUCCGCAGCAGCGAGGAGGUCCACUACCGCGUCACCGCGGCCCCCCGCUGGGGGCAGCUGCUCCGAGCGGGGAAGCCCACCGCCGCCUUCUCCCAGAGGGAUCUCCUGGAAGGGGCCGUCCUCUACCAGCACAACGGCAGCCGCAACCCCCAAGAUGCCCUGGGUUUCUCGGUGGAGGCCGGACAGGUCACUGCAGAGGACACACUGAAGGUGACCGUCACCCUGGACAGACCCCUGGCCCCACUGCAGAUGGUGCAUCAGGAGAAGAUCUUCGUCUUCCAGGGGGAGGCUGCUGAAAUUAAAAGGGAUCUCCUAGAGGUGGCCCAGGAAGAUGUGCCUGCUGCAGAGAUUAUCUACAAGGUGACUGACUCUCCAAGAGCUGGCUACCUAGUGACUGUCUCUCAGGGAGCCUCAGCUAGUGAGCCGCCCAGCCUGGACCCUGUGCACAGCUUCACUCAGGAGGAUGUGAAUGAGGGCCGGGUCCUGUACCUCCACUCACAGGCAGAUGGCUGGACCGACCGCUUCACCUUGGAUGUGGCUUCCAGUGUUGGGACCACACUAGAAGGAAUCCAGGUUGAGUUACAGGUGCUGCCUGUCACCAUCCCCCUGGAGACCCAGAAUUUCAGUGUGCCUGAGGGUGGAGCCUAUACUCUGGCCCCUCCAGUGCUGAGGGUCACUGGACCCUACUUCCCCACCCUGACUGGCCUGGAGUUCCUGGUCCUGGAGCCACCUCAGCAUGGGAGUAUCAAGAAAGGAGAGACACCCCAGGAUGAAAACCUCAGCAUCUUCACUUGGAAAGAGGUGGAGCAGCAGCUGAUCCACUAUGUCCAUGACGGCAGCGAGACCCUGGCGGACAGUUUCAUCCUUGUGGCCAACGCCUCCGAGAUUGACCGACAGAGCCAGCCCGUGACCUUCGGCAUCACUGUCCUGCCCCUCAAUGACCAAGUCCCAACCCUUCCCGUCAACACCGGGGUGCAGAUGUGGGAAGGAGCCAUAGCCCAGAUCACCCCUGAUAUCCUGAAAGGAGAAGAUGCUGACUCCCCACCUGAAGAUUUGGUCUUCUCCAUCGAACCACCAACCAAUGGGAAGCUGGUGCUGAGGUUGUCACCAAGGAUGGAGAUCCAGCAGUUCACUCAGGCCCAGAUCAAUAAUGGGCUUGUUCAGUUUGUCCAUGAAGGGCCCCUGGAUGGUGGAUUCCAUUUCAACCUCUCCGAUGGAGAGAAUGUCUCCCCAGGACACUUCUUCUCUGUGAAGGCUCAAAAGUUGCGACAAAUCACUGUGGAAAGCAACCAAGCUCUGACCAUCUGUCCAGGAAGCUUCCAGACCAUUACCAGUCGGAACCUGAAAGUGACCACCAAUGAGGAUACAGAUCCCCAGCACCUGUUUUACCUAGUGGAGCGAGGUCCUCGGCUGGGGCGACUGGCCCAUUCUCGGCUGGGGAGCAGUGGGGAUGCCCUGAAAAACUUCACACAGGCAGAGGUAGAUGCAGGAGAGAUUCUUUAUGAACAUGAGAUGCCGUCGGAACCCUUCUGGCUCGCCCAGGACACUCUGGGCCUCCGGGUAUCCUCACCUCCAGCCCGAGAUGUUGCCAUUAGCCUUUCUGUUGCUGUGUCCUUUGAGAUCCCCUGUUCCCAGCGUGCCAGUCGCCUUUGGAAGAAUGAAGGUCUCUGGGUCCCGGAGGGUCAGAGGGCAGAGAUCACCCGGGCAUCUCUGGACGCCUCCAACCUCCUGGCCAGCAUCCCAGCGGCAGAUCGGCCCUCCCACAACAUAGUCUUCAUCGUGACGGAGUUGCCUACCCAUGGUGAACUGUGGGUGGGCAGCAAUCACCUGGGAGGUAGCCAGCCUUAUUUCCUGCAGUCUGACCUGGCCAGGGGGCAGCUGGCCUAUAUCCACAGGGGCUCGGGGACCCAGAGAGAUGGCUUCCACUUCCAAGCCUCUAUCCAGGCUGGACAGCGAGACUCGGCUCAGCCCCCCAUCGCGGAGCAUGGGCCAGUGAUCUCAGAGAUGUUCCAAAUCACUGUGCGAGAUGUCAAUGAGAAGCCUCCUCAGCCCCAGGCCUCCAGACCUUUACAGAUCGUUCGGGGUACACAGGCCGCACUCUCCCGGGCUCAGCUGAGUGCUCUGGAUCCAGAUUCUUCCCCUGAAGAAAUCGAGUACCACGUGAGGAGGGCCCCCCACAAUGGCCACCUCCUGCUGGUGGGCAGCCGGCCUCCCCCCGUGGCUCGGUUCACCCAGGCAGACGUGGAUGCCGGAAGGCUGAUCUUCGUGGCCAACGGCAGCAGCACCCUGGGUAUCUUCCAGCUGAGCGUCUCGGAUGGGGCAAGUCCCCCUGUAGACACCUCCCUUUCUGUGGACAUCCUCCCAUCCUCCAUCGAGGUCCGGACUCGGUCGCCGCUCGAGGUACCUCAGGGCUCCAACUGGGCGGCGCUGACCCAGCAGCACCUUUUUGUGAUAUCUGAUCAGGAGGAGCCGGACGCCACGUAUUCCCUCACCCAAAUGCCCCAGCACGGGCAUCUGCUGGUCGGCGGGCGGCCCCAGACAAGCUUCAGCCAGAAGCAGGUGGAACAAGGGGAAGUCGCCUUUUCCUUCACCAAUUUCACUUCGGCCUCUGACCACUUCCGCCUGCUCUCCCUUGCCCGCGGCGCCAACGCGACAGCGAUGGUGAACGUGACCGUCCGGGCGCUAGUGCAGACGCGGGCUGCCGAGCCCUGGCCGCAGGGAGCCACCAUUCGCCUGGACACGGGCAUCCUGGAUGCCGAAGAGCUGGCCAACCGGACGCAGAGUGUGCCCCAGUUCCGGGUCCUGCAGGGACCGCGGAGAGGCCGCGUGGUGAGGAUCCCCGGGGAGGGGGACCAGGAGUCUCCGGCGCAGCCGGUGGAGCUGUUCACGCUACAGGACCUGCAGGAAGGGCGGAUCGGGCUGGAGCUGGGCAGGCCAGAGGGCCGGGAGCCGCCCAGGCAGCACGACGGCAUGGCCUUCGAGCUCUCCGCCAGGGGUGUGCCUCCGGCCGUGGCAUCCCUGGACUACGUGACGGAGCCUUACAACGCUUCUCGGCCCUACGGCGUGACCCUGCUCACCUCUCCCGGCUCCUCUGAAGCCAGCAGCAGCUCCCGGGGAGAGGACAGCUCAUCCCGGACGGUCAUGGGGCCCAAGGGGCCCGAGAGGCCCACCCCCGACAGCCGGGAGGCGGAAGCGGCCCCCACUGGCGGGCAGGGCCAGGCGGCGCCCACAAGCGCCGCACCCGCAGAAGGGAGCACCUUCCUGGGCUUCAUCGAAGCCAACAUGUUCAGCAUCAUCAUCCCCAUCUGCCUCAUCCUGCUCCUGCUGGCCCUCAUCCUGCCGCUGCUCUUCUACCUGCGCAAGCGCAACAAGACGGGAAAGCACAACGUGCAGGGGUUGUCGGCCAAGCCCCGCAACGGCCUGGCCGCUGACUCGGAGACCUUCCGCAAGACCGACCCCAGCCAGACCAUCCCGCUGACCUCGGUGCCUGGCAAGGGCCCGGAGGCCAGGAGCCCGCAGGACCCAGAGCUGCUGCAGUUCUGCCGGACACCCAACCCCGCCCUAAAGAACGGCCAGUACUGGGUCUGAAUCCCUGCCCGCCCCGGACAGCUACAGACGACUCUUUUCCCUCCCUGGGGUUUGAGGUCCCACUUCUACCUCCCGCUUCCUUCCUGACUUUCUUUUAUCCGUUCUAGCUCUUCUCGUUCCUUUUUCUCAAUGGGUUUCUCAGGCUGACCUCGGCGCCCACUCCAUAAAUGGAGUCUGAGGAGAAAGAGAAACCCGGUCAGUUGUGGGAGGGAGAAGAAAGGCCCAGGGGCAGAAUGCAGAUCCUCAGGACUCAGGGUGAGCAUCAGGGAUCUUCCCCUUCCCCAUCCCCCCUGCCUGGCAGCUCAGAAGGGUUAGUGAGAAGAAGAGACAUUGGGGACAGGAUGGAAAUUUGUGCCAAGGAGAUGAAGCUGGCCCCUCUGCCGGGCUGGGUAGGAGGCAGGCUAAUGGGGAGACCAGUGGGAAGAGGGGCUCUUGGGUCCAUCAAGUCCCAUCUCCAGUUCCUGGCAUGACGUUGUGUAAGUCAUGUCCCCCUGUCAAGGGAAGGGCAAAGAGAGAAUGCUCUCUCUCCUCCUAGAGAGCUGUGGCGAGGGUGGAGAUUGGACAGAUGGAUUAUACUUCAGGGUCCUCGCCUCAAGGCUCCACUCCUCCCACAGCCCUCCCUGCAGGCCCUCCCUUCUCGGGAAUGGGGGCAAACACCUUCCCAGUCUGACUCACUUUGGGGUACUGGGAAGGGGCUUCCCCUCAGGGCCUAAGAAUGCUGGCGACCCGGGCCUUCCCUCUCAUGGUAGAGCAAGUGAGGACGGGGAGAAGGGAGAGAUGACUCCUCCUCUGCAGGAGGGGCCACCCGGUCAGUAAGAUAAUAUAUUUAGGGUUUGUGGGAGGAGAGGGCGUUCCCUGGGAAAGGGGUUCCACAUUUAUUUAAGGGACGUUGCACAAAAAUCUAUUUAACACAUUGCUAAAGCGGACCAGGUCGGGAGCUUGCAAACAGCCUGGGGAAGCAAAAGCCCCAGGGUCCCAGCCGGGGGCCAGGUCUGGAAGUGAGCGCCCCACAACGUGACAGCAGGGGUUUGCCUUGACAGUUCAUAGAGCAGCCGAGCCAGACAAUAGACCAGGUGCCGCCUUUGGCAUUGGGGUCCUGAGAAGAUGCCACCAGAAAGACCUCAUCUGCGGGGGACCAGGGACCAAGCCCAUGGAGAAAUCGGGGUCUCCAAGCGUGGGCAGACCUCCCGCCGGCUCCCAGGGUCUCCCACCUAGUGGAGAAAGCAGUAUUUCUUGGAACUGGGUGGGAAAUCUCCAGGGCCUGUAUAAAUGGUGCUUUGGUUGGUUCCCAACA